AUGGCGACAGCUGCUGCAGUUGCUGCAGUUGCUGCAGCUGCAAAUGCGAAUGGUGGUAGUAAUCAUCGUCAUCAUGUUAACGCUACAAACACAAGCCAUAAAAAGGGUGCUGCUACUUCCACCACACCAGCAUCCAAUAAUCGUAAUCAAAAUAUCGAUUCCGAUGCUAAUGUUAAAGUCAAUUUGUUAGAUAUCGAUUUAUGGAAACGAUUUCGAAAAUUAACCAACGAAAUGAUCGUGACCAAAUCGGGCAGACGAAUGUUUCCUAUACUCAAAGUUCAAAUAAGUGGUCUCGAUCCCCAUGCAAUGUAUUCAUUCUUGUUAGACUUUGUAGCCGCUGAUAAUCAUCGUUGGAAAUAUGUUAAUGGUGAAUGGAUUCCUGGUGGUAAGCCGGAACCUGCACCACCAAGUUUCGUUUACAUCCAUCCAGAUUCACCUAAUUUUGGAUCGCAUUGGAUGAAACAACCAGUUUCAUUUUCGAAAGUAAAAUUAACCAAUAAAUCAAAUGGCGGCGGCCAGAUUAUGCUAAACUCAUUGCAUAAAUAUGAGCCUCGGCUGCACAUUGUUAAAGUUGGGUCAUCUCCAGAUUCCGAUAAAACAAUUACUGCUCAUUCUUUCCCUGAAACUCAAUUUAUUGCGGUGACAGCCUACCAAAACGAAGAGAUUACCGCCUUAAAAAUCAAGUAUAAUCCUUUCGCUAAAGCGUUCUUGGAUGCCAAGGAAAGGUAA